CAACAAAACCAAACAUCCCUAUAUUUUAAAAACCGACUAUCACCACGGCAAGAACCUAAAAAACCUGCAAGCCACCAGCAGCAGCAACCACCAUCUUCAUUCAAGAAAGCAGUGCUUGCUAGCCGCCGUCACCGCCUCAAAAAGUUGCUUAAAACUAAAGCUAAAGUAGAAAAACACAUAAUUAAGCAGAAACUGUUUGAUUUCGCAGUACUGGUUUAGCCCCAAAAGCAAAAGCUAAGAGAAGAGCAAAAAUGGCAACGAAAGGUAGCGGAUUGAAAUCAACGUCGAUAAAUGGAGUGAAGAUAUACAUGGUUUCUUCACAGCAACGUAAUCCUGCUUCUUGGGUUGGCUCCAAAAAGCAACGUCCUUCUCGCAAAGAUAAAAAUUAUCAGCAAAAGAUAGAGUUGGUUCAGGAUUUAACAUUUCCAACCGCUACGAGUAGAAUUAAGGUGACCCCAGAUGGAGAAUUUCUUAUUGCAUCAGGAAUACACCCACCACAAAUCAAAGUGUACGAGUUAAGAGAGUUCGCAUUGAAGUUUGAAAGACACUUUGAUUCUGAGAUAAUUGAUUUUCAGAUAUUGGAUGAUGACUAUUCGAAGCUUGCAUUUUUAUGUGCUGAUCGUUCUGUUUGCCUGCAUGCGAAAUAUGGGAAACACUACACUUUGCGAAUUCCAAGAAUGGGAAGGGAUAUGGCGUAUGAUUGUUGGUCUUGUGACUUGCUCUGUGCUGCCUCAUCUUCAGAUUUAUAUCGGAUUAAUUUAGAAAAGGGGCAAUUUCUCUCCCCCCUCAGAACACAAUCACCAGGUCUAAAUGUAGUUUGUCGGAGCAAGCUUCAUGGACUUGUUGCUUGUGGUGGUGAUGAUGGUGCUGUCGAAUGUUUUGACAUGAGAACAAAAUCUUCAAUUGGUAGAAUUAAUGCUGUUGAACAUGGUGGUGAUAUUAGCGAGGAGGUCACUGCAUUAAAGUUUGAUGAAGAUGGGGGUUUCACCAUGGCUGUUGGAAGCAGUGGUGGAAAGGUGCUGCUCUAUGACUUGAGAUCCUCACAUCCCAUGCGAGUCAAGGACCAUAUGUAUGGCAGUGCAAUAUUGGACAUCAAGUGGCAUCGUACUCUUAAUUCUGAAAGACAGAAGCUUAUUACCACAGAUAAACAUGUUGUUAGAAUAUGGGACCCUGAGACGGGAGAUGGCAUGACAAGCAUUGAACCUACUGCUGGAACAAUAAAUGAUAUAUGUGUUUUCAGUAAAAGCGGCUUAAUGUUCCUGGCACUGGACUGCAGCCAGAUACCAUCUUACUUUAUACCUUCUCUGGGACCUGCUCCAAAGUGGUUGCCUAGUAUCGAAAAUCUAACGGAAGAGAUGGAGGAGGAUGCGCAAACAACCAUUUAUGAUAAUUUCAAAUUUUUGACAAAAGAAGAUCUUGAGAAAUUGAACUUGACAAGUCUGAUUGGCACCAAUCUUCUAAGAGCCUCUAUGCAUGGUUUCUUUAUUGAUUAUAAAUUAUAUAAGAAGGCAAAACAAUACACGGAACCGUUUGAAUAUGAAACUUACAGAGAGCAGCAGACGCAGAAGAAAUUGGAAGAACAAUUUGUGUCUCGGAUUACGAUUCCAAAAAAAUUGCCGAAGGUUAACCGUAAACUUGCAGCCAGUGUCAUUGAAAAAGAAGCUGAAAUUGAACAGAUCGAGGCUGAUAAAAACGAGACCAAGAAAGCAUCAAGGAAAAAGAAAGGACUUGGCCCUGAGAUUUUUGAAGAUGAGAGAUUUAAAGCACUUUUUGAAGAUAAGGACUUUGAGAUUGAUGAGAAUUCAACAGAGUAUUUGGCUUUACAUCCCAUGGCUUCCAUGAAGCAACCUUCUUUGGUGGCGGAGCAUUUUGAACUUCUGACGGAGGAUGAAGAUCAGAGCUUGAGUGAUUCUGAUAACUCGGCUGCAUCUCAGUCAUCUGGAGAUGAACACAGCAAUGGAAAUAGAAAAUUAAAAAAGAAACCAAGAUUAUAUGAAGUAAAGGAUGAGAGGCAUGCCGAGGCAUUCUGGAACCGUGAAUCUCUUGCAGAUGAGGACUCUCUUCCUCUGGGAGAGAGAGCUGCAGCUCUUGGAGAUAAUCUGCUGACCUCUGCCCGAAAUAACAUAAAGUUUGGACCAGGAGGAUCUCGUGAAAUUUCCUUCACUACACGAAGCUCAGCCACGUACAAAGAGGAUGGGGAGGACAAAGACAUGCAGCGUGAGAAGAGGAGGGGAAUCCAGUCAUUAGGGCUGAAGUCAGCCAGAUCAGGGUUUAGAGGUAAUAGAAGAGGAGGAAGUAGGGGGAGGGGUAGAAGAGGCCGGCACUGAACAUCUUGCAUUCAGAUAAGCGAUAACUCAUUGAGGUGGCGGCAUCUGUACAAUGAAAUUAUUGUAGGGAAUGUAGCUGUUGAGAUUUUGGAAGGUGCUUAUUGCCUUGUUGGUGAUCUGGCAAACUACGAGUGCAAUCACGAGAGUGAGCUGCCGGCAUUUGUACAAUGAAAUUAUUCUAGGGAAUGUAGUUUGGAGAUUUCGAUGUUGAUUUUUGUUUCUUCACUUCUGUAUCGAGAAAAAAAACUCCAUGGAAGAAUGUGUUUUCUUUUCUCCUCUCUGGAGGUGCAAUUUUGUUUUGAGAGUUUUGCAACCUUGAACUGUAUUUUUUUUUACCUACUGAAGAAAUCUGCCUUUCCUCA